AUGUUCCAAAAUAGCCUACAUAGGCUAGGUUGGCUGGGCUCGCCUCGGGCCGGGGACCAGCUGGUGGAGAACAGGCGUUCCGACGAGCGCAUCUUCCGCUUCCUGGCCUGGCUGAGGGUGGACGAGGCCGACGAGGUGCCCAUGCACGAGGCCGUGAGGGUGGCCCGGGAGCAGUUCCCCAGGGCGGGGCAGCCGGACGUCUGCCUGGUCAUCUCCCACGCCCACCGCAUCCAGCUGAACGAGGCGGCCAACCGGCGCCUGGCCCCCGAGGACGCCCUGAAGAUCGAGCACCAGACCAGAGAGGCGCCGGGGACCAACCAGCCCCAGACGAUGAGGGUGUGGCCGGGCCUGAAACUGGUCGGGGCAGGGGGGCGAGUGGCCAAGGGGGUCUUCGCCAGGGUCCAGUCGGUGGGCGAGAGGGUGGUUUUGGACAGCGGCCUGAGCUUCGCGCCCCAGGAUCUUUUGAGGGCCACGAGGCUGUGCCACGCCGUGACCUACGCCUCGUGCCAGGGACUCACCCUGACCGGGCGGGUCUGGCUGUACGACACCGGCAGCCAGCACUUCACCAUCAAGCUGCAGGCGGACCUCAUCGACUUCUCCCAGAACACGAAAAGCGCCAACAAGGUGAGCUUGGUGGUCACCGACGUCUUCACCAGGGAGGCCGUCACCAGGGCCCUGCCCAACAAGCGGGCGGACACCGUGGCGCAGGCGGCCGCGGAGCUCAUCCCCAAGCUG